UAUGGGGUAUCGGUGACGGACGUCUGCAAUGCAGUUCAGGCCCUGCCUGUCAUACGGGUGCUUACGGCUUCGCGCGCAGAGGGUGGCAUCAUUGGACUGAGCUGCGGCUUGACUGCAGUCCAACCGGACCAGGAGGAUGUGUCGACCAUUGAGCUAACGCUCUCCUCCACGGACGACAGAAUUCGAGUCUCCGAUGAAGGCAAUGAGUACGCCUUCGUUCAACGGUUUGCACAAAGAGUGGCUGCUGAUAUCCGUCGUUCGGCAUCCACCAAUUUGACGUUCGGUUACUUCGAAGAAGAAAAGCAGACAGAGACUGCGGUGGUGGUCGCGGAGGGUGGCAACCACACCUUUCAGAUGCCCUCUGUGGCGACCAUGAUGGGCGCCGAUGAUCAGAGCUAUUACUGGCACCUCAUCUUCCUCGGUGUCGUCGCAAUCCACGUGGACACCGUUUUAGUCAAGGAUGAAGAUCUCGGUGAGUGUCACCACCAACUAACAUGCCCUCAUGAUCUUCAGCUUACUAAAAUCCCCAUAUAG